GUCGUGUCGCCGGUUGUAGCACGCAAUCUGGCUGAGGAGAUUGAAAGCUACAUGAAUCUAAAAAGUCCCUUGGGCAGCAAAUCUUCCAGCAUGGAAUUACACCGGAAAGAGAGCAGUCGGGAUGUGGAUUCCCCUACUUCAUCAGAGCCCAGUUUAGAGAGAAGAUCAAGCUUGGAUUCCAUUCCACCACCGCUACCACCACCACCACAGAUUCAAAAUAUUAAUCAUAAAAGUCCAUCUGUUUCCAGGUCCAAAACCUUUACUGGAAGACCAAAGCAACUGGCUCUUUCACGCGCUCAAAAAGAACGGUCAAUAUCUUUAACAGGGUUGGGUCGUUCUUCUCCUCAGGCUUCACUGGGCGCAGUUGUCACCUCUCUGUCAGGGCUGAAGCUAGACCACAUAUUAUCUGGACCUAAAAUAGAGGUAUUGAAAUCUGGCAUGAAACAAGCAGCUAAUGUAGCGAGCAAGAUGUGGGGAGCAGUGUCAUCAGCGUAUAGUUAUUCAGAUGAUGAGGAGGAAACCACCCAUCCCGAUUUUACCUUUCCUGCUGGCUUUGAAGAUCAUAUAUUAGGCGUCUGUCAGUCGCCAAAAAUAGGAAUCCCAGGACUGGCUACCAGUGAACUUGCACAGAGCACAACAAGUCUUGGAAGCAGCAACAGCAGUGGAGACGUAGGGAAGCCACAUUGUCCUACAGGGGAAAAUCAAUUUUCACGAGGCGUGAAAACUUUGGAUUCUGAUAAAUCUGAACAUGGCUCUUCGUACAAUACUAGUCUAUCCAGUAUCUUCCAAAAUUGUGCAAUGGAGGUCUUAAUGUCGAGCUGCUCUCAGUGUCGAGCCUGUGAUGCCUUGGUUUAUGAUGAAGAAAUUAUGGCAGGAUGGACUGCAGAUGAUUCUAAUUUGAAUUCUACAUGUCCAUUUUGCAAAAGUGCCUUUUUACCUCUCCUUAAUGUGGAAUUUAAAGACUUACGUGGUCUUGCAAGUUUGCUUUUGAAACCAAGUACCUCUGGUGAUAGUUUACACAGCACUAACAUUCCACUAACCACGGAUUCUCUGGAACCGAAGUCUGCCUCCGUCCCUACUACAGAUCUGAUCAGUUUUUCAGAACCUUCAAGUGCCAACCAGACCAUCAGUGAGGAAAAUAGCAACCCGGCAACACAAAGCACAGCAGAGGAAGAAGACAAAAAUCUCAAACGCAUAAAGCCUCCUGUUACAAAUAACUCAUCAAAACGCGGGACUUCUCUAACUCGGAGUCACAGUGUUGGUGGCCCGUUGCAAAAUAUUGAUCUUCUGCAAAGACCAUCUCAUGGCAUUUCAACCGUUAGCCUCCCUAAUAGCUUACAAGAGACAGUGGAUCCCUUAGCAAAAAGGACAAAUCCUUUGCCUGUAUCUGUUCCCUAUUUGAGCCCAUUGGUUCUCCGGAAAGAGCUUGAAUCUUUGUUGGAGAACGAAGGAGAACAAGUAAUUCACACGUCAACGUUCAUCAAUCAGCAUCCCAUUAUUUUCUGGAAUUUGGUUUGGUAUUUCCGACGCCUGGAUCUCCCAAGUAACUUGCCCGGUCUCAUUCUAACGUCUGAACACUGCAAUGAUGGAAUGCAGCUUCCUCUGACCAACUUGUCUCAAGACAGCAAGCUAGUAUACAUACAGCUACUAUGGGACAACAUCAAUCUUCACCAAGAACCUGGGGACCCACUAUAUGUAUCUUGGAGAAAUCUCAAUUCUGCAGAAAAGAAGCCCUCAGUCAAUUCCGAAGAGCAACAAGCAACAAGCACUUUAGUCGAAAGUAUCAAACUGAACAUUCAGCACAACGAUGUCGUUAAACCUAUUAAUUUCCUUGUGCAGAGUGUUAAGCGGGAUGAGAAACGGCAAAGGUAA